CCUGCCUUUGCCUUGCUUCGACCGCUGGGUGUAUAUGGACAACAUUGGAGGACGCGGCUGAGAGCUGUGGAGGAGGGAGGGGGGCGUCGUCAUGGCUUCCUCCAUGGUCCGAGCCACCGUCCGGGCUGUGAGCAAGAGGAAGAUUCAAGCCACCCGUGCAGCCCUCACGCUGACCCCAUCUGCGGUGAAUAAGAUAAAGCAACUGCUAAAAAAUAAACCUGACCAUGUAGGAGUUAAAGUAGGUGUGCGCACAAGAGGUUGUAAUGGCCUUUCCUAUACACUAGAAUAUACAAAAUCAAAAGGAGAUUCUGACGAAGAGGUAGUACAAGAUGGUGUCAGGGUGUUUAUUGAAAAAAAAGCCCAACUUACACUUUUAGGAACUGAAAUGGACUACGUAGAAGACAAACUGUCCAGUGAAUUCGUUUUCAAUAACCCAAACAUCAAAGGAACAUGUGGUUGUGGAGAAAGCUUCAAUAUUUAAAUUAUCAGGACUAAUUCCAUGACUUAGCAAUGAAGAACUGCUUUCUAAAAGCAACCAGUUGUUGUGUGUUUUUCACAUAUAUGGGCUUUGUAAGAUAGUGGGCUUGACACAAAAUAAAACUGCUGCGUUUGAAAAUAUAAUCUGUCUGUUCAGUUCCCUCCCUCCCCCUUACUAAAGGUAAAGUGGGAUAGAAUGAAAAGUUGGUUGCAAAAAAAAAUCUACAAUUUUCAUAAGAAUUCAUAAUUUGGUUUAUAGCAAAUUCUACUUUUUAGGAGUCUACUCUUAGCAGUUGUGUUAAUUCUUUACAAAAUUAAAAAGGUUUCUGAAAAAAGUUCCAUAGAUUCAGAUUUCCAUUUACUAUAUUUUGAAAUAGAAGUCUACUUCUCUUUGUAUUAUAGGAUCAAAAUAUUGUCCAUUUAAAGCAAAAGGCAAUCCUAUACAAAAAAUGUUGUGUUCCCUGUUUGAAUAUUUUAUAAAUCUUUGAAAACUUAAUUUGAAUUCUAAUAGGCUCGUGAGAUCAUAUAACUUGAAGUGAAGUGAAUAAUCCCCUUUAAGCAAGUAAAUGUUUUUUAUACAAGAAAAGCCAACAGUGUUUUCAGCAAUCUUGUACUGUGAAUGUUUUUAAAAAAAAUCAUUCUACAUUAUAUUUCCUAAUUGAUGGAUAAAACAUUUUCUCUAGUGGAUUAAAUAAUUUUAUUAUCAUGCAGCAAAGCUAAAUUAUUGAGCACCACCUUUUUGUUAACUAAUGGCAAUUUAUGAUUCGACUUUAAUUUUGUUAAAAACUGAGUAAGAGCUCAAUAUUUUGCUUGAGAAAAAGUUUGAAUUAUGCUGACAACUUGGAGAGUAAUUUUACAAAUAUAUUGUGUAUUUAUAUAAUAAACUUGGAUGGAAUUAAGAUUCAAUUGCAAGAUUUUAUGAUUUACGAUGUCACACUUUUACACAGUUUACUGUUUUUACUUGUUUUUCCCCCGAUGAAGUAAAUGUUUCCAAAACACUUUCUCAUGGUAAGAUAGCAAUUAUCUUAUACAGUCAGACAUUCACACUAGCCUUAGGAUGGGAGAAGAAGGAAUAUGUUAUAUGAAUGAUAGGUUAUAUGUUACAACGCAAGAUUACUAUUCCAGUAACUUUAUCAGUUGCCACAGCUCUGCUUUUCAAAUACUUGCACUUAAGUGAAACACUGGGGAAUAAAUCCAUUUGUUUAAAAAGUUUUAACAGCUGGAACUGCUUUGGUAAGCUGUACAAUCUUUUGCAUGGCAGAUUUGACAUGCUGCUUCACAUACCAUGUUCAAGUACAAGAAGGAAAAUCAGCCUACUCUGGACAGACUUUGGCAUAUUGAAUUUUCAGCUCCUGCAAACAUAUAGGUUGCUGGACUAUGGUUCUGGGUGAAAUCUAUGAAUAUAGUCAUAUGCAUAAUAUUAAUGUUUUCAUUUUGCAAAAAUGGGUUACAGAAUUCCUUGCUGAAAACAGUUAUGCUAUGUGAUUUAUGGUUAUGAAAAGGACUUGAAUGUAAUUAACAUGUAAGAGACUUAAAAGAUUUUUUUUCUUGGUUAGAAAUAUUUUGUUCUUUCUUGAUUCAUAAACUAUGUGAAUGAAACUCCCAGUUAUGAAUAUACAACACACUAUUCUUGAAUACCUAACGCACAAUUAUGAAGUACAUUUAUAUUAGUAAUAAUUUUAUGAAUGUGUCUAUUGAUCAUCUGUUAUGUGUAUAAUAAUGUAAUUAAGAAAUGUAAUAAAUUAUCUUUUUGUGAACAUGAAA